GUAGCGGAGGAGUGGAAUCCCGAGAUCGCGGCGGAGGAGUAGAAUAUCGGGAACGCAGCGCGGAAGUGGACUACUGGGAACGCUAUGCGGGAGUAAGGUAUCGAGACGGAGGGGAAGGAGGGGGAGGGGGAAAGGGGGAAGGAACAUGGCCGGACGAAGGGGGAGUCAGUUACUGGGACCGAGAGGGGAAGGAAGGGGGGCGAGGGGAACGGAGGGCGAGGGGAACGGAGGGCGAGGGGAGAAUGAAGGGCGAGGGGGAACGGUGGGCGAGGGGAAAGAGACGGUGGGCGACGAUGUCUGCAAGAGACGGCGCGUGGUGGUAUUCGAAAGAGACGGUCGGCGACGAUAUCUGCAAGACAUGGCGUGUGGUGAUAUUUGGCAGAGACGGUCAGCGACGAUAUCCGCCGGUGAUGAUUCAGAUGCCUCUCCCCUCUCCCUCUCGUGUCCGCUUCCUCCCCCGUCCGGACGCCACCGCCCGUCAGGCUGUCCGUCAUCCAACUGUCCACCGAAUGUCCAUCAUCCGACUGUCCACCAUCCGACUGUCCACCAUCCGACUCUCCCGCCGACCAGAUCCCUGCCAUCCUCGCCUCACCCCCUUCCCCCCUCCACCGACUGCCUCUCGUGACGUCUUGCUCUUCCCAUCGGAACUUUGACGUCGCGGUUUGGGC